UCUCAAAUUGGUAAUCAACUUUUGUUAAACAUUGGAAAAUCAUUGAUGUGAAAUCAACAAUAUCCUGGCAAAAUUACACGAUUGAGAACCAUGGCAGGAGGUCGACGAGGUCCAGGACGACCUCAGAUGAGCCGAUCGAUGCCACCUCCACCGAUUCAUGCCACUAAUGUUGUUCAUGGGGGGAAUUCUUCAUCCCAGGGUUCGUCUGUUCGACAUCGUGGUGGUACUGGCGGCAGUGGCAGCAACACCCCUCUAACUACCCUAAUCACCAUCACACCGAUCCGUCAUCCUGAUAUCCCUAACCUGCCAACAGAGGGCAGUCUUCUCUUUGAGACGCACACUGUUAUCUACUUACUGACUGCCCUGUUUCUUCAAUAUAUCAACAUCUAUAAGACAGUCUGGUGGUUGCCUCUGGCCCCUUCUAACACAGCCAUGAACUUUCAUCUCAUUGAUCCUUUCCUGUUGAUCUUUGUAACACUGGUUCUCAUCCGGCGCUUGGUAUGGCAUUUCAUCAUUGAGCUGACACCAAUAGUAACAGUCGUUACAGUGCGUUACUGUAUCCUUCAGGCCAUCAAGCUCAUCAUCACCUUAACCUUCCUCAAUCUUGGCCUCUGGUGUCUUUGGCAGCUGAUGAACAACAACUCUCCUCUGAAUCUCCUCUUCCUCGCCUACCCGUUGAUCUCCUAUUUUCUCCUGUACGGCCUGACCCUGGACUUCAACACGACCCUCUUUUCACAGCUUGCUCCCCCGGCCAAGGGGAGCAAGGAGGAACUGUUAUGGAACGGUAUCACCAUGUUGACGCCUGCCAAGCACAAAUGUUCCCACGUCCCCAACGAGAUCAGGCAGGAAGCCGACCUCCUCAAGCUAGACUUCAACUCCCGUAUGAAGAGCGUGCUUUUCAAUUCCAUGGUCUGCGCAUACUACGUUGGCUUUGUGCCGAUUUGUUUCUUACAGCCGGCAAUGUACUUGGAUCUGUGGUGGUCCUGUUUUCUCAUAGCCUUUGUGUGGAUCAAUUCAUUCGUGAUGUUUGGCUCACACUUCUUACCCGUGGCGUACUGCGACGCACUCCAUCGGUGCUCCCUACACCUCGGUCGGUGGCAGAAGAUGGAACAUGGGUAUAGCAACACACCUCAACACCUUUGGUCAGACACAACGGUGUGGCCGCAAGGGGUACUGGUCAGAUACAACAAGGGUAUCUAUCGGGCAACUGGACAGCAGAAUGUAGCCUUUCCCUCAGACCGGUCCUAUGCUCGCUUCUAUUUCAUGUUCCACGACCCGCUUCGAGUCCUCAACCUCUUCGUGUUCUUACAGCUGGGCGUCAUAGCAACCCAACUCUAUCUCCUCAUCCGUCAUUCUCACUGGCACUACGUCAUCUCCCUCUCCCUCCUCCUGUUCUGCAACUACUACGUUCUCUUCAAGUUGCUGCGCAGCCGCUUCAUCUUGGGCAAGGUCUAUCGACCCGUGCACGACGAGGUGGAGUAGAGGUCAAAGGUCGAUUGCAUGUGAUGUCAUCUUUUUUGGUUACUACUUAUGAAGUUCCUUUACUUUGUUAAACUAAUUUUGGUGGGGUUGAUUGUUAAAAUCUGCAAUAUUGACAAGAAUGUCUGUAAAAUCAGUAGUGUAAUAUUAGCAGCCAUUCUGAAGCAGAUUAAUCCUUACAGUGGGAACCCAGUUUUGGAGGGACAAUCCAAAAUAAACUUACCAAUUUUGAGGGGGUACAUUUGACAAAAAUUGAAGAGAGGUAUAUCAAUGAGAAAUAAGAAUUGAAUUAAGUAAAUGAUUUCCAGUAUAA